CGGGCGGCACUAUUGCAAUGUUGGAGAAUGACGAAGGCAAUCUAGCGCCGGUGAGCAAGGAAGUCCUGACAGACUGGCUGUUCCGCCAUUUGUUGUUGUAUGAGAAGAGACCCAACGAGACUGAGGAGCAGGCUCGAGGACGGCUAACAGUCGAAGAUGGCUGGUUGCUGCUGCACCAAAAAGCUGUGGAUGACUACAACAAAGAUUUCAAGGUUCUGUACCAAAUUGAGAGUCUGGAUCCGCCCAUUGACUCCUCCAAGAUGACCCCCUCCCAAUGGUUUGAAAUCGGAGACAAAAUUCUGGCGGCGAAGGAUGACUAUGAUGGCUUUGUCAUCCUCCAUGGGACCGAUACAAUGGCCUACACAUCCUCUGCUCUGUCCUUCAUCCUGUGGGACCUGAAGAAGCCGGUCAUCCUGACAGGAUCCCAGAGGUCGUUAUUUCACCCACGCAGCAAUGCUGAAGACAACUUCAUCGGAGCUUUACUGAUGGCCAGCUGCUACUCAAAAAACCAAUUUCUGCAACAGGUGAUGAUCUAUGAUGACACCAAGCUGUAUCAAGGCAACAGGGUGUGCAAGUACGAUUGUGACUCCUACAGUGUGUACGACAGCCCCAACGCUGAACCCCUGGCCAGGCUGGAGUCUCUGAUCAAGGUGCGAGAAUGCAAGCCCAUGUCGGAGCCCAAAGAGCUCAGAGUCAGAGGCUGCAUAGAAUCUGGAUUCCCCGAUGUAAGGUUGCUGAAGGUUUUCCCAGGGAUUAAGGCUGAAUAUGUCACAUCUAUUCUGAAUGGGGCACAUGGUCUCAUCCUUGAAACCUUUGGUUCAGGCAAUGCACCGGAUGACCCCCAUCUGAUCGCUGCCCUGAAGGAUGCCGAUGAGAGGGGUGUGGUCAUUCUGAACUGUACCCAGGUCUACAAGGGCACUGUGCUGCCCAUCUAUGAUGUUUCCUCGGAACUGAGGAAGGCAGUUGUGUCUGGGUAUGACAUCACCCCUGAAGCGGCCCUGGCCAAAAUGGUCUGGACCCUGAGAACUUUUCGCGACCAAAAGACAAGGAAGGCGGUGUUGGAAGCCAGUAUCUGCGGAGAAACAAGUGCACCUCCAGUCAAACUGAUAUUUGAGUAAAAUCUGAAGAUGGACGACCUGGAUCCCAAACACAAACUUCCGGCAUUUAUCUCACUGAGGUCGUUCCUUAACCUAGAAUGAAAUACUCUGGUCUUACCUGUGUGCAAAGUCCUUCUCUCUCUCUCUCUCUAGUGCUAGAUAAAUAUAAUAUGUAAAUUAGCAAUUGGAAAGUGGAGGCUACAUGUGUACUAUAUUAGGGUGACCAGAUUUGAGUUUGUGAAAAAGAGGACACUUCGUCGUGGGACCCCGCCCCCUCCCCUGCGAUGGA